UUGAGGGAAGGAGCGGCGCGGACGUGGUAGCUGCAGCUGCGGCCGCCGCGGGAUCAUAAGCUGGGAUCUACUAUACCUAUUGAUUAACUAUGGAAGAUUAUACCAAAAUAGAGAAAAUUGGAGAAGGUACUUAUGGAGUUGUGUAUAAAGGUAGACACAAAACUACAGGUCAAGUGGUAGCCAUGAAGAAAAUCAGACUGGAAAGUGAGGAGGAAGGGGUUCCUAGUACUGCAAUUCGGGAAAUUUCUCUAUUAAAAGAACUUCGUCAUCCAAAUAUAGUCAGUCUUCAAGAUGUGCUUAUGCAGGAUUCCAGGUUGUAUCUCAUCUUUGAAUUCCUUUCCAUGGAUCUCAAGAAAUACUUGGAUUCUAUACCUCCUGGUCAGUUCAUGGAUUCUUCACUUGUUAAGAGUUACUUGUACCAAAUUCUACAGGGGAUUGUGUUUUGUCACUCUAGAAGGGUUCUUCACAGAGACUUAAAACCUCAAAAUUUAUUGAUUGAUGACAAAGGAAUAAUUAAACUGGCUGAUUUUGGCCUUGCCAGAGCUUUUGGAAUACCUAUAAGAGUAUAUACACAUGAGGUAGUAACACUGUGGUACAGAUCUCCAGAAGUAUUGCUGGGGUCAGCUCGUUACUCGACCCCAGUUGACAUUUGGAGUAUAGGAACCAUAUUUGCAGAAUUAGCGACUAAGAAACCACUUUUUCAUGGGGAUUCAGAAAUUGAUCAACUCUUCAGGAUUUUCAGAGCUUUAGGCACUCCUAAUAAUGAAGUGUGGCCAGAAGUAGAAUCUUUACAGGACUAUAAGAAUACAUUUCCCAAGUGGAAACCAGGAAGCCUAGCAUCCCAUGUCAAAAACUUGGAUGAAAAUGGCUUGGAUCUGCUGUCGAAAAUGUUAGUCUAUGAUCCUGCCAAAAGAAUUUCAGGCAAAAUGGCACUGAAUCAUCCAUAUUUUAAUGAUUUGGACAAUCAGAUUAAGAAGAUAUAGCUUUCUAACAAAGUCUCCACAUGUUAUAUUGAGAACAGAUAGCUGUAUUUUUACUGUUAACUCUAUUCUUGUAUAUUUUUCUUUUCUUUGUUGUAAAACCUAAGCUGUACUUCUUAUUUCAAAAGUAUAACUUAAAAAUGUAAAUAUUCUAUAUGAAUUUAAAUAUAAUAACUGUAUAUGUGUGUAGAUCUCACUGUAACAACUAUUUGUUACUAUAAUAAAACUAUAAAUCUCU